GUCCUUUGUGCUGCUAAGUAAUCAUGUCCAGUCUUGAGCACUGCUGCAAAAUGUCUUUCUCUGCAGCUCUGGCCGUCGUCGGGGGUUUUACUGUCGUUUUCUUUGCCUGGAGAGUUUGGUGUGGACUUCGAGAGUUUGUUUUGUCACAGUUUUGGAAAGAGGAUUUAAGGAAGUUUGGGCAAUGGGCAGUCGUCACUGGUGCAACAUCAGGGAUUGGUAAAGCUUAUUCCAAUGAGCUGGCACAACGAGGCCUGGAUGUUGUUUUGGUGAGCAGAUCUUCUGAUAAGCUUCAAGCCGCCGCAAAUGAGAUAGAGGAAAGGUAUGGAAGAAAGACUCGCAGCAUCCAAGUGGACUUCACAGACGGCCCCAGUAUCUACCCUACUAUAGGGAAAGAACUACAUGGAUUGGAGAUCGGAAUUCUGGUUAACAAUGUAGGAAUGAUGUAUUCUGAAAGUUGUGACUAUUUCCUGGAUGCCCCGGAUGCUGAACAGAAAAUCACUGAUGUCAUCAACUGUAACGUGCUGUCUGUCCCUCAUAUGACUCGACUGGUUCUUCCGGGCAUGGUUGAAAGGGGAAAAGGCCUGAUCAUCAAUAUGUCCUCUUUAGCGGGCCGCCGCCCACAUCCUUUGGUGUCUCUUUAUUGUUCUUCUAAGAGUUUCGUUUCAUUUUUCUCUGAGUGUCUGCAUGCUGAGUACAAGUCAAAAGGAAUCAUUGUUCAGUGUGUGGCCCCCUUUCUGGUGUCUUCCAACAUGAUUAAAAAUAUUAAGAGCAACUACUUUGUGAGGAGCGCUCCAGUGUUCGCCCGGGAGGCCUUGGACACUGUGGGUCACUCCAGCUACACCACCGGCUGCCUGUCCCACACGCUGCAGAGCAUGGCCCUCACAGUGCUCCUACCCGACUGGCUCCGUAUGUCAUCGUUCUUUGUCCGAAAGCAACACGACUUCUUGAAGGUCCAAAACAAAAAGAACGCCGAAAAAUCAGACACUCAGUGAAAAGGAAGGAGACAGAGAUGUGCCUGCAGCUACGAAGAGGAUUCAGACGACUAAAUGCAACAAAGAUGACACAACAAAUAAAACUACUUUAUUUGUAGUUUUUUGUAUUUCAGGAAACAUAAACCAAAAAAAGAAAAUAUAGAAGCCUGUUUGUACACCACUACCCUUCCUUGACACCAGAGAGGCGAGACAAUUUUUUAAAUUUACAAAAAGAAAUAGAGUAAAAUUAGGUUUAAAUAAUUUAAUAAAUGAGGAUAAAUAA